CCUCCCCCCUCGCGGCGCCCUCCACGCCUCUCCCACUCCCGCCCACAUCUACUCCGCCGCCCCGCCCUCGCCGCGCCGGUGUAGCAGCCAUGCUGGCCUCCGUCGCUGCCGACGACGACUCUGGGUGGCAGGAGUCCCCGUCGCAGGCCGUCCUCUUCGCCGACGAGAUCGCCGCCGUCCGCGCCGUCCUGGGCGGGGGCCUUUCCGAGGCCCGCGUCAUCGCCGCGCUCUCACGGUGCGGUGGCAACGCCGAGCGCGCCAUCAACGCGCUCCUCGACGACGCCGCCGAGGUCGGUCCCGCCCCCAAGCGGGUCAAGGCCGAGCUCGACGUCGGUGGUGUUCCGACGCCGGCGCCGGCAGAUGCCAAGGUGAAGGUGAAGGCCGAGUCCAUCGACGGUGGGGCCGUGGUGCUGACGGCUGUCAAGGUGAAGGCCGAGUCCAUCGACGACGGUGACGUCGUCGGGAGCCAAGAAUCCGAUGGCUCCUCUGCGAAUGCCACCGCCAAGGUGAAGAGCGAGCCGGCCGAUUCAUCCGCCAAGAAGCCGGACCGAUUCGUGCCCGGCGCGCCUGUGGCGGCGGCGAGCGGCGGCGCCGGCAUAAGCCUCAUCCCGCGGCAGAAGAAGAGGCCGAGGGAGGAGGAGGAGGAGGAGACCAUCGACCUCACCACCACCCACCCGGUGCCGUACCUCAACCCGCGGCCCAUCCGGGCGUUGCCACCCGUGGGUGGGGAUGGGGAGGUGUACGACCCCAAGCCUAUCCAGAUGGUGCCGCCCCUGGAAGUCCGGAUGCACGACCGCAGGCCCGCCGUGCCUGCGCCGUCGCCCGUCGACGUCGAAAUGUACGAGCAGCGGUCGCGUCCCCCGCCGCCCCGGCCCAUCAGGACGGCUGCGCCUGCCCCGGUAACGGACAUGAGGAUGGUGGUGGCGCCGCCGGAGGCCGAGUUUGGCGACUUCCCUGUGGAGCGCGACUGGAUGCUCGUCGGCAAGUCCUAUGUUCCCGGGCUGUCCACCAACCGUGGGAGGAGGAGGCUGGACGCCGGGGAGAUCGUCCAUUUCGCCUUCCCUUCGUACGACAAGAUUUAUGGCGGGUUAAAGAUGACAGCCAGGAAGGCGGCUGCUCUGGCACAGAUUGUUCGCUUCUCCACCAAACGAGCCGGAGAGAUUGGGAAGCUGUCCCCAGAGUGGACGCAAUGCCUUGUCCCGCUUGUCAACUCGUCCAAGGUGAAGAUUCAGGGGAAGCUCGUGUUCCCAACAGUGGAGCUCAGGCUGAUGCAGGAGAUAUUGCUUUAUGUUAGCUUCUAUAUCCACAAAUCUGUGCUUGCUGAAAUGAACAACUCACCCUGUGACAUGCUCGAUCAUGCAAAUGUUGAUUUCUCUCCCAGUCCUCUUCAUAAAUUGCUUAAUUUGCUGAACCUAAAGCCAUCCAACAAGGAUGCUUUCUCUCUUGAUGACCUCACCACUAGAAAGCUGAAGCAAAUUCUAAGGGGGGACAAUAAUAGUGGUGAUGAUUCUACUCCUGUGCUUGGCCAAACAUUUCUUGAGCAAGGCGCUGAUGAGCAGGCUAUUUCAGAGGCUGCCUUGAACAAACUUGUUGGCAUUGCGGAAACAUUUGACUUAGAGGAAGCAGAGCCUCCCACUACCCUUGUCUCUGUUCUAAAACCAUACCAAAAACAAGCUCUCUUCUGGAUGUCUAAAUUGGAGAAGGGAAUUGAUGCUAAUGAAGAAACAAAAACUCUUAAUCCGUGUUGGAGUGCCUACAAUAUUGCAGACAGGAGAGCUCCUCCAGUGUAUGUCAAUCUUUUUACUGGUCAAGCAACAACACAAUUUCCAAGUGUAACUGAGACUGCUAGAGGAGGGAUACUAGCAGACGCAAUGGGUCUUGGCAAAACUGUGAUGACCAUUGCUCUGAUACUUUCCAAUCCUAGGGGGGAGUUAGAAAGAGACACGAGGUAUCUCAGAGAUCGUGCGACCAGAGCACACUCCACAACAUCCUCUAUGAGAGGAGGUACCCUUAUUGUUUGCCCUCAGUCGUUAUUGGGUCAAUGGAAGGAUGAGUUGGAGGCACAUUCGGCACAAGGAGCUCUUUCUGUGUUUGUGCAUUAUGGUGGUGAUAAAACUAGUAGCCUCAUGCUGAUGGCUCAACAUGAUGUCGUUUUAACAACCUAUGGUGUCCUCUCAGCUGCAUGCAAAGCUGAUUACAACAGCAUUUUUCACAGGAUGGAUUGGUAUAGGAUUGUGCUUGAUGAAGCUCACACAAUCAAAUGUCCUAAAACUAAAAGUGCCCAAGCAGCUUAUAGAUUAAACUCAGAAUGCAGAUGGUGCCUUACAGGCACACCAUUGCAAAAUAAAUUGGAGGACCUCUACAGUCUUCUCUGCUUCCUACGUUGUGAGCCAUGGUGCAAUGCAAAAUGGUGGCAGAAGCUUAUUCAGAAACCUUAUGAGAAUGGUGAUGAUAGAGGAUUGAAACUUGUUAGAGCUAUUCUUAGGCCACUAAUGCUAAGGAGGACCAAGGAAACAAAAGACAAGAUUGGAAAUCCCAUACUGGUUCUACCUCCAGCUCAUAUUGAAGUUGUAGAAUGUGAACAAUCUGAACAUGAACGUGAUUUCUAUGAAGCGCUUUUCAGGAGAUCAAAGGUUCAAUUUGACAAGUUUGUGGCACAAGGCAGUGUUCUGAACAAUUAUGCUAAUGUUCUCGAGCUACUUCUCCGGCUAAGGCAGUGCUGUGACCACCCUUUUCUAGUUAUCAGCCGAGCUGACCCUGGAAAGUAUGCUGACCUCGAUCAGGUAGCACAGCAAUUCCUUGAAGGAGUGCAGAGUUUUUCUGGAAGACAGAAUGUAGUGCCCUCACGUGCUUAUGUAGAAGAGGUUGUUGAGGAAAUUCGCCAGGGUGCUACUACUGAGUGUCCUAUCUGUCUUGAGUCAGCUUCAGAUGAUCCAGUACUCACGCCUUGCGCCCACCGGAUGUGCCGCGAAUGCCUUCUUUCUAGCUGGAGGACUCCAGAUGGAGGGCCAUGCCCACUCUGCAGAAGUCACAUCAGCAAAUCUGACCUGAUCAUAUUGCCUGCUCAGUGUCGUUUCCAGGUUGAUGCCAAAAAUAACUGGAAGGACUCGUGCAAAGUGAGCAAACUUAUAAUGAUGCUGCAGAGCCUUCAGAAGAAAAAGGAGAAGAGCAUUGUAUUCAGCCAGUUUACUUCCUUCUUCGAUCUUCUGGAGAUCCCCUUCAAUCAGAAGGGUAUCAAGUUCUUGAGGUUUGAUGGCAAGCUGAGCCAGAAGCAUAAAGAAAAAAUUCUGAAGGAGUUCAGUGAAACCCAGGACAAGCUGGUGCUCAUGAUGUCACUCAAAACUGGAGGUGUAGGGCUAAAUCUAACUGCUGCCUCCAACGUUUUUCUGAUGGAUCCAUGGUGGAAUCCAGCUGUGGAAGAGCAGGCUAUCAUGAGAAUUCACCGUAUUGGGCAGAAAAGAGAGGUCCGAGUCAAGCGCUUCAUUGUCAAGGAUACUGUCGAGGAGCGGUUGCAACAGGUCCAAAUGCGCAAGCAGAGGAUGGUUUCUGGGGCGCUCACUGAUGAGGAAAUUCGUGGCGCUCGCAUUGAGCAUCUCAAGAUGUUGUUCAAGUGAUUAUAGCCAUGAACUCCUGAUGUGUAUAACUGACGUUAUGUCCUGGAUACUUUGGUAGUGUCAAGUAUGUUGUUCAGGGCAUGCUUGGUAGGAGUAUUAUUAUCUAGGUUCAGAUCAUUGUAGAUGGGGAUGGAGUGGGUGGAACUUUGGCCCGUCCGAUUUUGUGUAUAUGCCCCCAUGCUAGUAUGUAUAUCUUGCAGAGUAGUUUCUUACGGUGUUGAAACAUCCUAUGAAAUCCUUAAUCUACCAUUGCUGGUCCUUGUGGCCUGUGGUCGCUGAUUUUGGAUUAGCUUCAGUGUGAGAGGUCUCUGAUCUUCGUA